UCUCUUGCUUCCUCCCAUUCAAACCACCACCUCAUCCAACCCUACCGCGGGGGGCGUGUUUUGACCAUCCAUGGACGCGAGCCGACCGAGAUAGCGACGCAGUUGUAGCGUCGGUUGCAACCCCAAUGAGCAACUUUUGCGUGCCCAGCCUCGGAGGGCUGCGCCCCGGGCUGCUGAGCCGUGGUGUGCGGGCCGCCGCAUGGAGCUCGCUCCAAAGGACGCCCUUGGAGCCGUGCAUAGCGCUCGCAGCCGGGCGAUGCUACUCGACCUACCGGGCCCAGGCCGGCCGGCUGGCCAACAGUAACCACCCAUCCCCAAGGAAACCACCAUCCUCGAUCACGACAGCGACACAAUGGCGGCCUGUGAUACCGAUGCGCCCCGCCGGCACGAUGACGGUCCAACAACGCCGACACCUAUCUAGGUCCAGGGGGGUUAUUACACGCUACAUGGAUCUGCCGCAAGACUACACCGACGAAAAGGGCCUCCCGUUCACAAGGAAUGGUGAGCUGUCACAGGGUGAGAUUAUUGGUAUCUUUGGCGUGGGGAUCUCUACUCGCCAGGGGAACAUACUCCUUCGAAUCCUGCACGGACGCCGCGUCGCCGGCUCGCUCGAAGAUCCCAUGCUGGCUCCGAACACGGCUGUUUUCUCCAAGGUCGAGAUCGACAAGGCGCUCGCGUACCUACGUCACACCGUGCCUGUGGAUGAGGUGAUCAACGCCGGCCUGCGUGCCGAGGACGAAUUGCUCGCAAUCGAAGAGGAGGAUGUCGCGAAGGCGGCGCAAGGGGCAGGCAGCUCGCAGCAGCAGGCGCGUGCACACCCCAAUGCAGGGGGGAGCAGGUGGCAGCAGCGGCUCUUCAAAUCGCAGCCGGACGGAGACGUUUACGGCGAAGGCGUUAUGGACCGGAUCCGCAAGCGGAACGAGGCCAAGUGGCGCGAGGAGCUGAAGCAGCGAGAGGAGGCGAAACGGCUCAAGGAGGAGGAGGAGGCGCGCCUCAACCCGGGAGGGCUGGCCAAGGCGGACGAGCCGGCGCCCAGGCAGCUGAGCCCGCGGAUGCUCGAGUACACGGAGCGCGCGACGUCGGACCUCGCGGCGCCGCCCGAGAUGAGCAAGGCGCGCAGGCUGGCACCCACGCUCCUGACGGCCGUGGCGGUCGUGGCGGGCGGGCUGGCGGCGGCGGACCUCUACCAAGCGCCGCGGCGCGACCAGAGGCUGCUGCCCGACGUGCCGCCCGCGGCGGCGACGGUCGGGGCGCUGGUGCUGCUCAACCUGGUCGUGUACGGGGCGUGGAGGGUGCCCAUGCUCUGGCGCUUCAUGAACCGGCACUUCAUCCUGACGUCGGCGACGCCCAAGCCGCACGCGGCACUGCUGGUGACAGCGUCGCACCAGAGCCUGAAGCACCUGCUGCUCAACAUGCUCUUCCUCUGGCCGUUCGGGACGCGGCUGCACGACGACGUAGGCCGCGGGCCGUUCCUAGCCGUCUACGUCGGGUGCGGGCUCCUCGGGUUCGCGGGCUCGCUGACGGCGCUGGUGCUGCGGUCAAACCUGGCGGCGUCCACUAUGGGGGCCUCGGGCGCCGUGUACGGCAUCAUGGCGGCCUACUUCACCAUCCACCGCUUCGAGGGCUUCAAGGUGUUUGGGCUGCCGCCGGACCCGUACGACGGCGCGCAGGGGCUCGGGUUCCUGGCGCUCCUGACGGCAAACGUGCUGAUGCAGUUCCGCCGCAACGUCAUGCUCGACGUGUGGUCGCACCUGGCGGGGCUGCUCGGCGGCGUCCUCUACGGCUUCUACUUCUCUGGGCUAGCCAGGGACCGGGGCAGCGUCGGGGGCGGCAAGAAGGAGCUGGCCGAGCUCCCGGCCUUGGACGAGACGGCAAAGUCCGCGGCUGGGUCUUCCUGAGUGCGAAGCGAGUGACAGGCAAUGUAGGGAAUCGAUCCAUGUAAGAUGCAUAGGAGCUGCGGCAUGUACAAUACUAGUCGUCUUGGUGCGGAGCACGCAUUGCAAAGGCACCUACCGACGCAUGCGGAUCGAACCCGUGCGCACAUGCAACUAUACUAUACGGUAGAGUUGGUCAAGUGAGCAACAGCAAUGCAGACUCUGCUAUUGAGCCACGCGCUCCACUCCACUCCAAUCCCGCCCGCCCACCACAAAAAUUAGGUGGCGUGCCCGCCUCGACGCGAAUCAUGUGGGAAUCCCCGCAGCUCAAGGACAAGGGUGGCCCCGGCGCGGAUUGGACGAUGGCGCGAAUCCCAAUUGAGUUCCCGCUUCUGGAGCUACGUCACCACGCGGCCAGCUCCCGUUUUUCGCGAGAUUGAAAGCCUGCCGAAUCUGCUUGUUUUGUUCCGCCGGAGGGAGCCAAUUGCCAUUUCCCCUCCAACCGAAGCUAAAUCAAGUGCCCGUCGUCUUGUUUUCCGACGUGGGCUGAUCUGCGCAUGGUAUUUGAACGGAUCGCUGCAGCUUCCUAGCCCCUGCAGUCCCCCUGGCUCCUGUAUCUGUCUCCUGUCUCCGUUGUCUUUGUUUUUGGCAAGCACGCAAGAUCCGAUCAACGAGGUUCCGCCUUGUGUGGAUUCAUUUGCACAAGGGUGCUACAUAGGUACAACAGUACAGUUCGCGGGCCCUCACGGCAUCCCCAAGAAAAUAUAAAUGGAAUAGACGCACAUGGAUGACGGGAACCAAGAUCCAAUCUCGUGAUGCGUGUCACAUCGGGCA